CACUAUUAAAUAGUAAAAAGCAAUGGAGCGAAGCAGAAGUGGCAGGAUGCAUGGAGGACAUACAUUCCAUCCCAUCAGGUUCCGCUGGGGGCUCAGCAAUCAUUAAUCGGAUUCUUCACAUUCUCAAGUGCUUGGCACAGAAAAAUGGGACAGUGGGUAACUGUGCUCUGGCAGUCGGACAUGCAGCUGACUGGCAAGCUGAUCCUUUCUGCCGCCUCUCUGCUCCUGCUGACUUUGGCAUACAGAUUUUACAAGUCCCGCUCAGCACCUGGAGGCAACAACCCAACAUCCGAUGCUUGCAGAGAGAAGGGAAGAAGGGAAAAUGCAGCUCCUGAUGGGCAGAAUGUGGAGGGUCUGCGGCACAGGUGGGUGUUUGGGGCACGGAGUGGCGGUGAUGCCCAAGCGAGCGUCCCAGAUCCAUGGCGAAAGAGAGAGAAAAUUCUGCCAGCGAGUGAGAAGGAAGACGGAGGGGAGGCAAAAUCUCACGGCAUAAGGGAUCUGAAUGAAAUGCUGAAUGGGAGCAAGGGUGGUGGAAAUGGACACGGUGUGCUUGUCCCACACAUUGUGCUUCCUAACCAGAUGGCAGGGGAUGGAGGCGCACAAAGCACCGAGCAGGAUUUGGCCGGAGGAAUCAUCAGCCAGGAGGGGAGCAGUGGCACAAUCCAGACCCUUAAUGUCACCUCGGAGCUGGGGGUAAAGAUAGUAGCAAGCUAUAAGGAAGCAGAUACCUCCUACUCUUUUUCCUCGAUUGCAAAGAUCGAGGUGGAGGAGAGCUAUAUCGCUGAGAAGAAGACAAAGGAUGGAGACGGGCGGCUGUCUCCUGGCCUCAAAGGUAAAGUCUAUGACUACUACGUCCAGUCCAUCUCCCAUUCAGUAUCUACAAAAAAGUCUCUUCCACCUGCCUCUAUGGGGACAGCCUUGCGCUGCAGCUCAGAGCAGGUAAGGGAAGAGUUGCAGUGCUUGGAGUGGGUCAACACAGAACAACAAAGAUUGGAGUGGCUCAGCGAAGAGCUGCAGAGAUCAGAGGGGGUCAACAAAAAGCUGCAGAGCUUUGCCACUCCGCUCGCUGAGACUCACUCCCAAGAAACAACUGUGGCAUUGCAGGACCCUACCACCUCUCUUAUUGCCCCAUCAAAUGCGGAGAGCUUAGAGAAGAACCCCAAGCCCCUGGCUCCCACUCGCAGCAUCAGCCGUAAGAACAGUAUCCUCCAGAUUGCAGAGAACUGUCACCUCCAGCUGCCUAUGGAUGGGUUCUGUGUCACACCAGCCAGUGUGCCACCAGCAAGCCCUCAGCCAGAUCUGGUGGGCAAAGCCAACUUCUUCCAAACAUCACCCUCCUCCCUAGACACCCGUUUGGACCUGGGGAACUGCUACGAGGUCCUCUGUAGGGCCAAGGCAGAGAAGCUAGGCUUUCUUCAGGAGGCUGCCUACAAGGUCAUGAGUGACAACUACCUAGAGGUGCUGAGGACGCCCUCCAUCUACUGCCGCCUCAACGCCAGUGAGCGGGAUCUCAUCCUUCAGCGCAGAAUGAAGGGGAAGAUGUGUGUUGUUGUGGCAGACAUCAGCACGCAUGAGCUGGGCCUCUAUGCUAGCCGACUCUGCUGCUAUGAUGACAAAGGGGACCGCUGGCAUCACCUUUGCCACAUGCCACCAGAGGUAGUCUCCCAGGGGUGUGCCAUGUGCAGCAUGUUCAACUACCUCUUUGUGGUAGCAGGCUGUGAAGGCUUGGGCCGCACACCUUCCAACCGUGUCUUCUGCUACAACCCACUGACCGAUAUCUGGAGGGAGAUCUGCCCCUUGAACCAAGCACGUCCUCACUGCAAGCUGGUGGCCUUGGAUGGUUACCUCUAUGCCAUCGGUGGAGAGUGCCUCUAUACAGUGGAGCGGUAUGACCCACGGUAUGACCGCUGGGUCUUCGUUGCUCCACUGCCUCAUGACACCUUUGCUGUAGCCCACAUGGCCACAGUGUGUGAUGGGGAGAUCUAUGUGACGGGGGGCACCUUGCGCUAUGUGCUGCUGCGCUACAUAGCCCGUGAGGACAUCUGGACAAUCAGCCCAGCUGGAGGCGGCAAGGACAGGACAGCGGAGAUGGUGAGCGUCAAUGGUUUUAUCUACCGCUUCGACCUCAAUUGCAACACGGGUAUUGGUGUCUAUCGCUGUAGAGCCAAGGCCAAGUUGUGGUAUGAAUGUGCCACCCACGCCAAAGCCUACCCAGCCUGCUUCCAGUGUGCCGUGGUGGGCAGCCUGGUGCAUUGCAUUGGUCGCCACUUCCACAUCCGUUUCUUGGCUGACCCCAUCUCACCGCGCUUUGGGACCAAGGAGCUGCAGCCUUUCCCUUCACCCCGGGGUAGCCUGAUCCCAGCUGUCCUGGUGCUGCCAUGGGCAGGGAUGGAGCAGACACGGGUCUGAAACACCAAUGAGAUUGUGAUAACCAGGUAACAGAAGUCACCAACCUUCACUUACAGCUUUCUAUUGGACUAACGCUAUUGGGGUAAUGUCACAGUCAUUUACCUUCCACUGAUGGACCAAUGCCAUCAGGACGAGGCCACCACCUCAUCUUCCCGUUCCCUGUAAAUGGAAAAGAAGAAGACAGACUGCAUUUGAACACACACAAAUGCAGCGCUGGGGACACACGAAAGAGCAAAGCUGGAGCUGGGUGGACUCGUUUGCCUACAGGUAUUUAAAUGCAGGUAUGCCUGCUUGAAUGCAAAUAAACUCAGGCUCCCAGCUACUCCAUAGAUUGCUGCUUUGCAGACAGCAAGUUUUUAAUACUAGCCCACAAGCCUAACAUAUGGGGGGGGGUUAGGGCAUAGAAAAACAUCAGUGAAGUUUGGUCUGUAAGAUGUAUCUCCAGAGAGUGUUCCCAUCAGUGUCAAGCUGUCAUUGAGCCUUCAUGUCACCCUAGAGUGGGAGACUGAGGACCAAAGCACACCAUCGAGGUAUCGCUCCUUCUAUUGCCUUGUUACCCAUUACCUUAUCCUCAGCGCAGAAUAAUAUAUAAAUCAAUAUUUAUACACGUGCAAUGUAAAUAAAUGCUAUAGAUUUAUAGACAGCUGGUCUUAAAUAAAAUUAAUGUGAACAUUUGGUAAAAUUAA